CUGUAAGGAAGCUGGAGCCGGGACGGGGACGGGAACGGGGGUGGGGCACGAUCCCCUAACCGCCGGGACCCACCACUGACGCCUCCGGCAGCCGCGUUAACGCAGUCGUUGCGACCCGAGCGGCGGCUCCCGGCUCAGCGGCUUGGCUCCUCAGGUCUUCCGCGGCUCCAUCCUCGGUCGCCUUUCUUCAGCCCUCGCGUCGCCGCUGGCGCCGCCGUCAGACCCGCAGCCCGCCGCGGGCCGCGGAGCCCAUGAGAACGCGGGCCCCGCCGCCGCUUCCGCGGCGUCACCGCUGUCCCGAAGCGCCGCGAACCGGCGCGGACAUGGCCGCGGCAUGAGCGUAGAGCCGCCGCCCGAGCCCCGGGAGAAGGCGGUGUCGGAGGCCGCGGCGGGAGCCAUGCCGGAGAAGCGCGCGGGCGCGCAGGCCGCGGGCGACAGCACGCUACAAGGCUUUGGUCGACCAAGUGUAUACCAUGCUGCUAUUGUCAUCUUCCUUGAAUUCUUUGCGUGGGGCCUGUUGACAACUCCAAUGUUAACUGUUCUACAUGAAACAUUUCCACAACACACAUUCCUCAUGAAUGGUCUAAUUCAAGGUGUAAAGGGCCUGUUAUCUUUUCUGAGUGCCCCACUCAUAGGUGCUCUGUCUGAUGUGUGGGGGAGGAAGCCCUUUCUCCUCGUCACAGUCUUCUUCACCUGCUUCCCAAUCCCCCUGAUGAGAGUCAGCCCAUGGUGGUAUUUUGCCAUGAUUUCCGUGUCUGGAAUCUUCUCUGUCACGUUCUCUGUGAUAUUUGCCUAUGUAGCUGAUAUCACUCAGGAGCAUGAGCGAAGUACUGCUUAUGGAUGGGUCUCAGCUACCUUCGCAGCCAGUCUGGUCAGCAGCCCGGCCAUUGGAGCGUACCUGUCUGCCAGUUACGGAGACAGCCUCGUUGUGCUGGUGGCCACGGUGGUUGCCCUUUUGGAUAUCUGCUUCAUCUUAUUAGCUGUUCCAGAAUCUCUGCCAGAGAAAAUGAGACCUGUUUCCUGGGGAGUUCGGAUUUCAUGGAAACAAGCAGACCCAUUUGCGUCAUUGAAGAAAGUUGGAAAAGAUUCUACUGUCUUGCUAAUCUGCAUCACCGUGUUUCUUUCAUAUCUUCCUGAAGCUGGACAGUAUUCAAGUUUUUUUCUGUAUCUCAGGCAGGUCAUAGGUUUUGGAUCUGUUAAAAUUGCAGCAUUCAUAGCUAUGGUGGGAAUUCUGUCUAUUGUGGCUCAGACAGUCUUUCUUAGCAUCUUGAUGAAAUCUUUAGGCAAUAAGAAUACUGUCCUCCUUGGGUUGGGCUUCCAGAUGCUGCAGUUAGCCUGGUACGGUUUUGGAUCUCAGGCCUGGAUGAUGUGGGCAGCAGGGACUGUGGCCGCUAUGUCCAGCAUCACGUUUCCAGCUAUCAGUGCCCUCGUCUCACGAAACGCAGAGUCAGAUCAGCAAGGAGUUGCCCAGGGGAUCAUAACUGGAAUAAGAGGGCUGUGCAAUGGCCUGGGGCCAGCACUGUAUGGCUUCAUAUUCUACAUGUUCCACGUCGAGCUAACCGAAUCGGAACCAGAUUUGAAUUCCAACAAAGUUACCCUGCAGGGAGCUGUCAUCCCAGGCCCACCGUUUUUAUUUGGGGCAUGUAUAGUUCUUAUGUCUUUUGUGGUUGCCUUAUUUAUCCCUGAAUACAGUAAAGCCAGUGGAAUUCGAAAGCAUAGCAGCAGCAUCAGUGGCAGCCUGACCAACACCCCAGGACGAGGCAGCGAGGAGGACUUUGAGCCCCUGCUGCAAGACAGCAGCAUCUGGGAGCUCUCUUCCUUUGAGGAGCCUGGGAAUCAGUGCACUGAGCUGUAAAAGCAGCAGGAAGGGGGAUUCUGCAGACCCUAUCUCUGAGAGCCACGGAGGGAGCCACACCACAUGGGGACUUCCUGGUGCUGUGGGGGAGAUGCCAAGUGAUAAGUGACUCCUCACUCCCUCUUCUUUCUCCUCCUGCCUCCUUUUCUUUCUUUUCUUUUCUUUUCUUUUUUUCUCUUCUAUUUUUUUUGUACAUUAGAACAAGAUAAGAUUUGAAAUACUUUCCUGCAAACGAUGUGCAACUCCCAAGGUUAUCUGGAGUCUGAAUUUUGAAACUCAAAUGGAAAAAGUCAUACCUGGUAGAAAAGGGUGGCUUUUCUUAGAGUAAGGGUGUCAGCAGUUGUUCCCCACCCUUUUCAGCAGAAGGUGCAAGAUUGUAGUGGGACUGCCAUGUUGGCAAGAUUUCAGGGAAAGAAUCUUUUCGUUUUAUUUCUUCCUGUUUCUCUGAACACAUGCCCACUUAGCCCAUAGGUGUUUAUGAGUGGUCACUCUAAGAGCCACUCUUAUCAGGGAUCUAUCAAAGGUCAAACUAAACCUAGUUUUAUUCUCCUUUCAUUCUCUCCACUUCCUAUUCUUGGCUAGAAUGAAAUUUAGCAUGUUCAGCUCUGGGCAUUAAUAAUGUUGAUCACUGAUCAUCUUUACCAGAAGAAAAUAAUUUUCUUAUAAAUUUAAAUCAUGUAGGACUACGAACUUAGAUUCCUGGACUUAGAAUCUUGGUGAUCCAGGGUAAUUUUACAGAAGAAAACACAGAUCAAGCAUUCUGGAGGCAACAUAGAAAUUAGAGGGUGCUUCUAAAAUUUUUUUGAACAAAUAUGAACAUUCCUAAGUGUGAAUGGCAAUUAGUAACUGGAUACCAGUGGAAUUUAUAUCCAAGUUCAGGCACACAUACUACUUUAUUACUUUUCCUUCCCAUGUCUCAUCCAUCACACUCCUGCCUUAACUGCUCUGUAGUAUGCCUUUGUUUUCAAUCAUACUCUUCAUUUCUGUCUGUUUAUCUCACUUCUGAAUCUCACAGCACACCUCAGAUUCCUUCCUAAAAUGAUGGUUUAGUGAAGCUCAGUUUCACAAGUGUCUUGCUAAUUUUUCAAGAUGUUUUAUGGACAAAGAAAACUUUACAUAUUUAUAUGUAUUUUGCUGCACCAGUAAAUGGACCAUUAAAUAGAGCACACCUUUAACAGAGCACUCCUUUGAAAGUUUUAUAGGUGUGAAAUAUAUGUAGAUAUUUGUAACGAGUUUUAAUUUUUUUUUUGAUGGGGUGCUGUGUAAAUCUUGUAUUUAUAAAUGUAAUGAAGGUAUUGACAAAAAAUAUAUAUACAACUUUUAUAAAGGAUUGUGUACUGACUGAAUACAUUUAAAAGAAAAUAUAUUUUGAAACCUGUUCUGCCAUGAACAGAGAUAACAUAUCUUUUUACUAUGCUGUUGGUUUUUAAGUUAAGCUUCCUAAUGCAUAAUAAAUUUGCAAUGUAUACUUUUA